AUGAAAGCUGAUGACUCUUUGCCACGUCCGCAUAUGGGCAUUCAUCGCUACAAGCAACGAGAGAGCGACGAGAGGGGAGAGAAUCUCUCAAUUUCUGGGUUUAAGCUGAUCUGGAUCUUCAAUUCCGAAGCUCAAUCACGCUUUUCUGAAAAUGGAUGCAUCAGGGUGAAGAUAGCUGAGCACGCAUUGACAGGACAUAAAGUUGCAAUCAAGAUCCUCAAUCGCCGUAAAAUCAAGAACAUGGAGAUGGAAGAGAAAGUGAGGAGAGAGAUCAAAAUCCUGAGACUGUUUAUGCAUCCUCACAUCAUCCGUCUCUAUGAGGUUAUAGAGACUCCGACAGAUAUUUAUCUUGUCAUGGAGUAUGUGAAUUCUGGGGAACUAUUUGACUAUAUUGUAGAGAAGGGUAGAUUGCAGGAGGACGAAGCGAGGAACUUUUUCCAGCAGAUAAUCUCGGGAGUGGAAUAUUGCCACAGGAAUAUGGUUGUUCAUCGAGACCUUAAGCCUGAAAACUUGCUUUUGGACUCCAAAUGCAAUGUAAAGAUUGCGGAUUUUGGCCUGAGCAAUAUAAUGCGAGAUGGUCAUUUUCUGAAGACAAGUUGUGGAAGUCCAAAUUAUGCUGCUCCGGAGGUAAUUUCGGGGAAAUUAUAUGCUGGGCCUGAAGUAGACGUCUGGAGCUGUGGUGUGAUACUCUACGCUCUUCUCUGUGGGACUCUUCCCUUUGAUGAUGAGAACAUUCCCAACCUUUUUAAGAAGAUAAAGGGAGGGAUAUAUACUCUGCCAAGCCAUUUGUCUUCUGGCGCUAGAGAUUUGAUCCCCCGGAUGCUCGUGGUCGACCCCAUGAAACGAGUAACCAUUCCUGAGAUCCGGCAACACCCUUGGUUCCAAGCUCAUCUUCCAAGAUAUUUAGCUGUCCCUCCUCCAGAUACGGUGCAGCAGGCGAAAAAGAUUGACGAGGAGAUUCUCCUAGAAGUUAUCAAUAUGGGAUUUGACAGAAAUCUGCUCAUUGAAUCUCUCCGCAACCGGACACAGAAUGAUGGGACUGUGACGUACUAUCUGAUACUGGACAACCGGUUCCGUGCCUCUAGUGGUUACCUCGGGGCCGAGUUUCAGGAGACCAUGGAAGGUACUCCGCGUAUGCAUCCAGCAGAGAGCGUAGCUUCACCCGUUAGCCAUCGGCUUCCAGGACUGAUGGAGUAUCAAGGAGUUGGGUUGAGAUCUCAAUACCCUGUUGAGAGAAAAUGGGCUCUUGGACUUCAGUCUAGGGCUCAUCCCCGUGAAAUAAUGACAGAAGUCCUGAAAGCUCUGCAAGAUUUGAAUGUGUGCUGGAAGAAGAUAGGGCACUACAACAUGAAGUGCAGAUGGGUUCCUAACAAUGCAGAUGGAUUAAUGCUCAGUAACUCCAUGCACGACAACAGCUACUUUGGAGAUGAUUCCAGCAUCAUAGAGAACGACGCAGCUGCUAAGUCGCCUGAUGUUAUCAAGUUCGAAAUUCAGUUGUAUAAAACUCGGGACGACAAGUAUCUGCUGGAUCUGCAGAGGGUACAAGGUCCUCAGUUCUUGUUCUUGGAUCUCUGUGCUGCCUUUCUUGCUCAGCUGCGAGUCCUCUGA